AUGAAAAUCCCCUUCUUUAAGAAGCUAAAGAAUUCGAACGUUAAAGCGACAGCGAACCUUAACGCAAAUGAUAGUGAUAGCGACUCUACAAGUGCUGGCGGAUCUAUCUCUGAGAAUAUACCAAUACCAUUUAUUUCGUACCCAGACCCGGAAGCAAUACCAUCUGGUUAG